AUGGCCAUUCUCAAGAGCCUCCACGGCGUUGAGGUGACCAUCACAGUCGACAACGAACCGCUGCAGGAAUACGAGCCCAAGGAAGGAACCGACCCAUAUGACACUGUCACCCGCUAUGUGCAGACGCAGCCAGACCAGAAUUUCGAGAUCAAGAUUGUCACCAACCAAGGCUCGACCCGCGGCGCUGGCUUGAAAUACGAAGUCAUGAUCGAUGCGAAUAUCGCUGAUUCUACUGUGGUCCUAUCUGAACAGUGCGCCCACGACAGCAUGAUAUGGAGAUUCCGCGAAUCCCAGCUCGAAGAAGACGAGUACUGGAAAGAGCCACACGAAGUCCUCAAAAACUUGGGCUUGAUUGAGGUUCGAGUGUAUCAUCUAUCAAACAUCGAACUCAAGGAAAGUGAUCCUGCUUCUUACGACCUUCGCAACGCCCGGGACUUGAUCUCGCACAAAGCGAGAAGAAAGGGCGUUUCGCACACUGUCAGUGCAUCCAUCGACGCCAUUGAGAAAGAAGUCGACGAGCUUCAAGUUCAUCUAUCGCUCUCGGGAUUGGCUGAUGGAGGAAUCAUCCCUCGUCCACCACCUCCACCGGCCCUCGAAGAUCGCGACGCCGCCACGCUGACGGUCGAAGACAUUGCAGAGCUGCAGAGACAGCUCAAGGUCGAGAAGGACGAAAAAUAUGCCCUCAAGAUCAAAGACGAGAUCAAGCAGGAGGACCGUGAAGCAUAUUCUCGCCCGAUGAGAUCUGGUCGACCCUCAGGCCGGAGGGAGUACGUCGAAUUGGACUAG